AUGGCCAUCAAGAAAGUUGUACCCCAUGGAGACUGGGAAUCGCCCAUUUCCAUUGAAUCAGUCGCCUCUGGUGCGCGAAGCCUGACGGCGCCCCGUGUUUGCAGCAAGACGGGGAGGGUAUUCUUCCUCGAGAGCGAUGGAACUGGCAGGAAGGCCAUUAUGGAAAUGACUGGUCACGGUGCCGUCGACAUCUUGCCAAAGCAUUGCAGCGUGGGCAACACUGUCUACGAGUAUGGCGUCCAGGCGCUUCAGAUGCUGCCAGAUGGCCGUCUUAUAUUCUCGAAUACAGAUAAUACUGUCAGAAUAAUCGACCCGGAUACGUGUAAAGAUACGACUGUCAUUCAGAACUCGACAGUUUUGCGAUAUGGCUCUUUCACGGCGCACAAGACGUCGCCUUGGGUGCUGGCUAUCCAGGAGGACCACACCCACAACACCCCAUCUGGUGUCGAAAAUUACAUUGCCGCCAUCAAUGUCGAAACUGGAAAGGUGAAGCGCGUCAUCUCCGGGGCAGACUUUUACUUUCAACCUCGAUUCAGUGACAACGGCACACGCCUUGUUUGGCUGGAGUGGAACCAUCCCGAGAUGCUCUUUGACAUGGCCAAGCUGUGCAGCGCUGAUUGGGACAGUAGCGAUGCCACGGUCAAGAACAAGACGCUCGUAGCGGGAGGAAAUAAUGAGGGCGUGUGCGAGCCUCACUGGGGCCCCGAUGGCGCUCUGUACUUUUCGCAAGAGACUGGUGGCCACCGACAACUCUUUAGGAUUGCUCCGGAAGAUGGCAAGCCCGUCCACAUUGACUUUCUUGGGCUAACGAGAUUUGAUUUGGGGGAAUCGUCUCUUGCUGAAUCAAGUCGAACAUAUAUGCCACUAUCCAGUCGUCAUCUGCUUGUGACUGCGGUAUCCAAUGGCACAUGCCGACUCCUAUGCAUUGACCUCAAGCAGAAAUCUUGGAAGCAAGUUGCACGAGAUGAAGAAAUAUCCGCGAUUGGCGCAGAUUGCGUAUCAAGAAUUAAUGAAUCAUCUGCCCUGGUUGUCGCUAAGGGGCCGACGACGGCAAACUCCCUCUUUGAAAUCGACAUAGACGAUUCAAAGCAGAACAAACUGCUUCGAACCGCCGGUCUAUCCGGCUCCGACUUUGCAGAUGGGUUAUUGUCCAUUCCGGAGCACACAACCAUUCAAUCGCGUAGCGAGCCUCGGCAAACCCAUGGAUUUCUAUACAUGCCACGCAACAACAAGUUUACAGCCAGAGAAGGCCACCUUCCCCCGCUCAUCGUCUACGCUCACGGUGGCCCGACUGGUAUGGCCAACAGUGGCUUCAAUCUGCGUGCUCAAUACUUUACCUCGCGCGGAUAUGCAUUUCUCACCGUAAAUUAUGUGGGCUCGACUGGCUACGGCAGCGCGUAUCGACGAUAUCUCUAUGGCCGAUGGGGCGUGUCAGACACAAACGACGUUGCCGAUUUUGCAGAGCACUUGGUUGAGACGGGUCGCGUCCGCCCCGGGGCUGUCGGCAUCACGGGUGGCAGCGCAGGUGGCUACAACACCUUGCAGGCUUUGACUCGGUAUCCCAGCACAUUUGCCGGCGGCGUGUGCGCAUGCGGUAUCAGUGAUCUCGUACAGUUUGACGAGCACACGCACAAGCUGGAAUCGGAUUAUGCGAGCGCUCUGCUACUUCCCGAGGGAAGUUCAGAGGUAGACAAAAAGUGCAUUUACAAGGAUCGCAGUGCGCGGUACCAUGCGGACAAGAUUCAGUCACCUCUGCUACUUAUGCAUGGCGUUGCGGAUACUGUUGUGCCGAUCGUGCAGGCGCGCAUCAUUCAUGACAUUGUCAAGAAGAAAGGCGGCCAAGUCAGGCUCGUGGAGAUACCGGGAGAGGGCCAUAUGCUGAGCAAGCCAGACAGUGUCAGAACGUACCUCGCCGAGGAAGAGGCUUGGUGGAGAAGGACUCUACUCAAGAUCUAG